AUGCCGACCACCGUCGGCGAGCCUCACAGCAAUGGCUCUAUCCCGAUCCCGAGGGCUUCCAACGAUGGCGGCACACCGUCUGGCACGCUAUCGACUGCCCAGAGCAAUUCCGGACAAUCUUGGGCGGCAUCGGAGAACACAGUAGUUGGAGAGGGUGUCAAGGAGGCCCAGCUGCAGUACCUCACUGAUCAGCUCAAGGUCGAGAACCGGAUCAAAGAGGGGGCCGAGAACCUGCUGCAAAUGCCAUUGACUGACGCGUUGAGGAGUCAAGUCGAGUCUGAACUUGCAACAGCCAGGCAGAAGAUCGCGACUAUACAGCGGUCUAUGGACACUAUGGCUGGUCGCAAUGGUCCGCGGAAGAGAAGCAAUGAGACUCCAAACGGGACUAAGCGAAAGUUCAACGGCCAGCCAUUGAUGUCCGCCACAAACUGGAAGGAGGAGGGAGCGGAAAAAGAUGACUUCCACUCCGCCAUGCACCAGGCGAAUAGUGCUAUCAGGGCAUUACUCCACUUGCACAGACAGCACUCGUAUGGUACCCAAAAUUCCUCUAUCCCUUCUCCAUCCACCUCCCCGUCCACCUCAACACUACCGAACCCCGCUACUGCUACGGAUACGGAGCUCAAUCGUGCUCGCGUUGAGGCCAUGAAUAGGCUUGUCGGAAUCCUCCAACGGAACCUGCGGGUGCGAUAUGAACUUGAAGUGGGAGAGGUCGUGCGUGCCGUGCUGCCUUCGCUCGCAGAUAAGGCUUCGAAGCAAUCUCGUGCGACAGCUUACAGGCUCUUACGGCAUUCCCUCGUCGACGCUCACUCAGUGCGACGCCUGGGCGAACAGAACUUGGAUUGGUUCAUCGUCAAGUCUCUAUGUCGUGACAAUAAGCACACUGUGGAGAAGGAGCAAGCUAUCAAACUGAUCCGCGCCAUAGUCGAGAUCGGAUCCGAACGACAUUCGCCUCACUCCACGGUUGGCACGGGAACGGUGCCCCUCUCGGACGCUGUAAUGCGUGCGGUGAUUGCGGUGGCCGAGUAUCCCGAAGACCCCUUCAAGCCGAUAUGUGUGCAGACGCUUACCGAGAUCUUGCUCAUUGACAUUGAACUUAUGUCACGGACUGGGGGCAUUCGAGUCUUGCUGCAUGCGCUUGCGGAGGGCCCCCUUGAAAUGGCCCCUUUGCUCUCGGCUGCGUUCUUGCACAUCAUCGACUCACCGAGGACACGAGCCUAUCUGCGUCCUGGUACAGACCUCGAAAUCGCCCUUUCUGGCAUCACAGAUGCAUACGGCAAAGGUGGCGAGCACACCGAGCGUGUCAAGGGCUGUGCGCGUAUAGUCUCGUCCAUGCUCCGAACAUGGAGCGGGCUGAUGUACUGCUGUAUCAAUGACAAGGUGGCGAUCAAGACCGUCAUCGACUGCUUACGAGUACCUUCCUUGGAGGCACGAGAAGUCAUUCUCGACAUGUUUUUCGACCUUCUGAAUAUCAAACCUCCAGAAUGGCAUCGAGCUUUCAUCGACGGGCGCCGGUUGACUAUGUAUCGUAGAUCAAGACAGAGCGCCGAAAUGCAAGCUUCUAACGAGAUACCCUCACGACCACAAGAUACCCUCAAGUUAACUGACCAAUAUAUCGCACUACUCAUCUUGAUAUUCACCAAAGCAGGGCUGAUUGACGCCUUGACAUCUAUGUUCGAGGAAUCCGGUGUUGGGUCAGCGCUCUCGCGAAAGGCGACGUUGCUUCUAGCAGAGAUGUUGCAGAAAGCGAAUCGCGUUUUACCCCUCUCAAUAGCUGCGAAGAUUCAGGCUCUACCGCGCAUCUUCAAGCUCGCUUCGGACUAUGAUGAAAACGAGCACAGGAUAAUUGGCUCAUCCGUGCUAUCUGCUAUCGACAGUUUUAACCGCCACCGAGCGCGGCUGGAGCCUCCGGUGAAAGGCGAUGCUCCACGUCCACGAGCGAACUCUGUAGAAGAGUCCGUACGCCGUGGUCAACGGGCCGUCGAGCAGGAUAAGCUGAAAGCGAGGAUGCAGAUGGACGACAAGACCUUCCAGGCGUUGCUCCUUGAAACCCAAGUAAUGUUGACGAAGGACCAUACAAAGUGGAACUUCGACACCCUCCAGGAACUCGUUGAGGGCCCGCUCCAUAAUCCAAAACGAAUGGAAGAGGCUAUCAAAGUGUUGAGAUACAUCCGAAAGCUCAUGUCAUUCUUCCACCCCAUGGCUCGUCGGUUCAGUGACCAGCCGAAAGCGAAGAACGGACGAUGGGUGCGUUUGGGCUGUUCCUUACUCAAUGCACUCUUGGCCAGCCAGGAGGGUGUCAAGUUCCUCGCCGAAGACGAGUUCCUGCCCCAGUUGUAUAAGAGCUUCGACCAGCUGGACCCGCAUACGGCAACGCCGACAUCCGAUCCGAUCUUCUCGAAGAAGCGCAUGCAAGACACUCUCACAUACGGCUAUUUCGAGAUGCUGGGUACGCUGAGCAAGCGGAAAGAGGGAAUAGAGCUCCUGGAGAAAUUCAAGCUGUUCAGUGCUUUCUAUGUCCUCACCGAGCUCCGGGGUCGAGAAGACCUCGUCACGGCCAUCAUCGAGAAUUUGGAUUACAGCAUUGAUGGACAUUCGCGAAUAGUGUUCUCGAAGGCAUUGACCUCCAGUUACACGCAUAUCCGCCAUUAUGCAACCGAACGUUUGGGUGCCCUCAUCCGCUCUAGCCAGACAGCCAGCGCGUGGACACUCCGUCUACUCCUGACGCAGCUAUAUGACCCUGCGCUCGAAGUGCGCGAGAUGGCCGUGCAACUCUUGGAAGGGGCUUGCGAGUCGAUGGACGUUCUCCAGAUGGUGGUUGAGAUGCAGCCGACGCUUGAUCACUUAGGAGAAGUUGGCCAUCCUCUACUGCUCAAGUUCAUGUCUACGCCUACGGGCUUCCGGUACCUCUAUGCUGCAGAUUAUAUUGACCGAGAGAUGGAGUUAUGGUUCCACGAACGCAACCUGCACUAUGUGGUGCAUAUCGAAGUCUUCCUCGCCAAAGCGUUCAGCCAGGCGGCCACUGAAGACGACGAUGACAUUCUUGCAUUUGAUGGGAUUGUUCCACCGCAUUUCUACGGUGUGAUGGCGAAGACAGAUCUUGGUUGCGAAGUACUGCAGGAUAAGGGGCAUUUUGCAGACUUUGCUCACUUCAUCCGGAGGCAUGGCUUGGAAAGCGAGGACCGGGAUCUCAUCCUCAAGUUGAAGAGUAUCCUAUGGGCGGUGGGCAACAUUGGUGCCACCGAACGCGGCUUGCCGUUCCUCGAGGAGGAAGAGGUAAUCCCAGCUAUCUUGGAGAUCGCAGAACGGUCACUGGUGCUCUCUGUGCGAGGGACAUGCUUCUUCGUGCUUGGACUAAUCUCCUCGACGCCACAAGGGGCGGAGAUCUUGGAUGACUACCAAUGGGAAGCGACGCUGUCACCGCUUGGCCUUCCUACAGGUCUCUGCGUUCCUGUCGACGUCGACAAGUUUGUCUCGAUACCCGCCUGGGAAUGCGUCGCGAACGAAGCCGUCGAUGACAGCAGACUCGCACCUCCGGAAAGCCCGGAAGAGAUGGAGGUCAUGACGGCCAUCUACAAUCUCGCGAAUACAGUCAUUGCCAACGCCGCAUCAAGAUCGCUGACGAAGAUGAAGAGCAAACCCGAGUACCGGCACAUCUUCACGUCGCCCAGCAUGUUCUAUCGCGCGCUGCACACGAUCUCGUCGCAGAAGUACCGCAUGCCCGUCCGGCGGUACAUCUUCGACCUAUUCAACAUCGACCUGGACGCCGACGUCGUCAAGCAGCUCUCGGACUGCGCCAUCUCUCUGCGCGUUCCUCUUGCGACCCCGGAGGCGGCCGAUCCGUCCCCGGUGCAGGAGAAGCCGCGCGAGACGGUCGUGCAGACGUUCCGGCCGCGCCCCGCGAGGCCUGUGGUGUCGGAGAGCGAGGACGAGGAGUCAGACGUGGAGGAAAAGGAGGUUGCGGCCAAAAAGCGGAGGGCGCCGGUUAUGAGCCUGCGGCCGAAGAGCAGGAUCAUUGGGUUCAACUGA